AGAAUUUAGAGCUCACAGGGAGAAAGAGAAACAAGAUCUCCUCAAGAACCUAAAGGAUAUUGGAAAUGGAAGUAUCUGUCCUGUUCUGAAGCAAACAAUCCCUUUUGGUGUUGCCUAUCACCAUGGUGGCCUGACAAAUGAUGAAAGGAGGAGCAUAGAGGAAGCAUAUUCUUCAGGUGUGCUGUGUCUGCUUGCUUGCACAGCUACUCUAGCUGCUGGAGUCAACCUGCCAGCUAGAAGGGUUAUUCUCAGAGCUCCUUAUGUUGCCAGUGACUUCCUGAAGAAAAACCAGUACAAGCAGAUGAUUGGCAGAGCUGGUCGAGCUGGUAUUGACAGUGCUGGAGAAAGUAUCCUCAUAGUGCAGGAGAAGGACAAACGCUUGGUUCAGGAUUUAGUGACCAGUCCUUUGGAGAACUGUUACAGCAACCUUCUGGUGGAGGUGACCAAGGGAAUGCAGAGCCUGUUGUUAUCUUUGGUUGGACUGAAGAUAGCAGUUACCCAUGAGGAGGUGAACAGUUUUCUGUGCAAUACACUGCUGGGUGUGCAGCAGCAGCUGCUGCCCAAAGAGAAGAGCCUCUCUGAGAUCACUAAGGAUGGGCUAGAAGAUCUCAUAGAAAAAGGACUUCUCAAAGGAAGAAUAUCUGGGGAGGGCAAUUCCAAAUGCACACUGUCAGUCACACCACUGGGCAAAGCCACAUACAAAGGGUCUAUAGACUUGGCCUACUGUAACCUUCUGUAUGCAGAUCUGAAGAAAGGUUUGGAGGGGCUGAUUCUUGAGAGCAAUCUUCAUCUUCUGUAUCUGGCCACUCCCUACGAUAUGAUUUCUAGCUGUAGCCCAGAUUGGAUGAUAUAUUUGAGACAGUUCAACCAGCUAAGUGCAGCAGAGCAAAAAGUAGCAGAUAUUGUGGGAGUGCCUGAAAGCUUCAUUAUAAAAAAGGCUUCUGGUCAAGCCAUCAGAAAGCGUGUGGACAGUGCUGUGGUGAACAGGCUCUACCUGACAUUGGUCCUUUAUACCCUGCUGAAAGAGACCAACAUAUGGAGUGUUGCAGAGAAGUUCAAUAUGUCUCGAGGAUUUGUGCAAAGUCUCCUUAGCUCUGCUGCCUCGUUUGCCUCCUGCCUUCUACAUUUCUGUCAG